AUGUCUACUCAGACCACUCAUGUAACUUCCGGAUGUCAUCAUCAUCUGACGGAGAAGGAGAACCAGCGCAUGACCGAAAGGGAAGACACCAUUUGCUGCAAGGCUGACAAGUUCAAGAAGAGUGACAAGGCUGACUGUCGUGCUCACCUAUGUCAACAGGAGGCAGACAGCGAAGAGGUCGACAAAGAGAAAUUGAUUGUGAGUGAUAUUGAUGGCACCGAAGACAAUAUGUUUACCAAAAGGACUGUGACUACUAAGCUGUCAGCAAAGAAGUCCUUGGCCUACUGCUUUGAGAAAGUCCCUCUUGCUUCAGUUAACAAUAAGGGACCCAAGCGUGGUGAUGUUCCCAUGCUUGUGUCCUCAAGUGAUGAGGACAAUGAUGUUGUGCCUGUCAUUCCCCGCUGCAUCUUGCCAAGGAAGAAGGUAAUGCGCGCACUCAUUGAUGAUACUGAGAAUGCUACCACCAUCACUCCUGUCGCCAUGUGCAUGGCCAAGAAGCAUCCUUGCGAUGAUGAGGAUGAAGACAACGACAAUGACGAUGGUCUUUUGAGCCCCAAAUAUCAGAAGUCAACUGAUGGCCCGAAGUGCCCGAGGGUCAAGGAUUUUGACAAUUUUAUGCAGGAGGUUCUUGUGAUCACCAUUUCUGUUUUUCAGUGCAAGGUCAGUAGCAAGGGUCCAUUUCCAGACACCAGCACCUUUGAGACCGAGAUGGCACAGCGGUGA